AUGAUGUUCAAAAUAUUAGUAGCCAAUCGAGGAGAGAUUGCCACUCGCAUAUUACGCUCUGCCUCUGAGCUCGGGUGGAAGACCGUAGCCAUCUACACCGAAAACGACACCAGUCAUGCAACCUACGCUGACGAAGCCGUCAAACUUGAAAGCGUCGUAGGUUUUCUCGACGUAGAUACCAUUGUCACUAUAGCCUAUAGUACAAACUGCACACAUGUGCACCCAGGUUACGGUUUCCUCUCUGAAUCUCCAAAGCUCCCCGUGGCACUGUCGCGACAGCAAGGCGGCGGCAAAUGUAUAGAAUUCAUCGGACCUUCACCAGAGGCACUCCGAAUUGCGUCUGACAAGAUGCUGUCCCGCGAACUUGCGACUCUGCUCGGUAUUCCCGUUUCCCCUGGGAGACACAUCUCUACCCCAGAGGAAAUACGUCAGUUUUCUCGGAAUUUAGGGCAUAGAUACCCAUUGAUCAUCAAAGCUCUCGAUGGAGGAGGUGGACGCGGAAUUCGUAUUGUAAACUCCGAGGAUGAGGUAGAGGAAGCUUUCCAAAGAUGCAUUGGAGAAAGUCCUUCCAAGCAAGCAUUCGUCGAAAAGGCACUGGCGGGUCCUGGCUGGAAGCAUGUAGAAGUACAGGUGAUAGGAGAUGGAACCAACGUCAACCAUUUCUGGGAAAGAGAGUGUAGUGUUCAGCGCCGUUUUCAAAAGCUUGUGGAGAUUGCUCCUUCACGCCUACCGCGAUCGGCAGUUCAACCUCUCAUCGAUGCUUCCUUAAAGAUGGCUCAACGACUGCAAUAUAAAGGCCUCGGUACAUUCGAAUUUCUCCUCAAUGCCCGAUCUCCUUCCGACUGGGUGUUUCUCGAAAUCAAUCCACGGAUCCAAGUCGAACACACUGUUACCGAGGAAAUAAAUGACAUCGAUCUCGUUCGUACACAACUUCUUCUUUUCUCUCCCUCUACACGCACGCUCGCUUCUCUCCGUUUCGACCGACCACCCACUUCACCGACGUCAUAUGCAAUUCAACUUCGUGUCAAUGCUGAGGAUCCAUCGAAAGGCUUUCAACUGGCGCCGGGGACAUUACUUCCGCAAGACGUGGUAUGGCCUCUAGGCAGGGGCAUCCGGGUUGACACCUGGCUUAGCAUAAGUCCCUCCGGUCAUUCACCAGACGCAAAGUUUAAUGUUGGCACCGAUUUCGACUCGCUACUCGCCAAGAUCAUUGUAAAGGGCGCGUCCUUUGAAGAAGCUACGCAGAGGGGCAUCCGUGCGUUACGAGAGCUCCGAGUCGGCGAUUCUAGCAAAGAAAUAAGCGGAUUCAAGUCAGUGAAAACCAACGCAGUUGUUUUGGCAGGUACUCUUAGUCAUUCCGAUUGGUUUGGGACGCACGGGGAGGUGGAUACACUGUGGUUGGAAAGGAAUUUGAGAGACGUGAUAGAACUGGGAGACAAAGUCCUGCCUCCAAAGGCAAUCGUUGGGUUGCAGAAACCGACGUCAGCCGGUGCUAUGAAUGGACAUGAAUCAGGCCCUUCUAGUGGGGCAGGUAGCGUCCUCCUUCAACCGGGAACCUUGUUCUCUCUUAUAAUGUCUCCCUCCGGACAAAGUGUGGGUGAAAGCUCUAGAACGGGUGGCACUGUCAAGCACUCGAUUACGAUCACCUCUAUUGAACGAAACGCGUUUCCUCAAGUUCUUUCUGGGACGUUUCUGUCAACUCUUCCAUCCCCCUUCGCGUCUGUUGACUCAUCGGGUCUGGGAAAUGCAUCGCAAGUACCUAUUCCAUUCACACUAACUCAAUCAACAUCUGUGAAUGUGUCAGGCGGACAGCAACAACAAUUUGAACUGGCCGAUCCUAACGCUAAUGGACACAUAGGCUCACCGAUGACCGGGAAGGUUGUCGAGUUGCAUCCUGCUCUCCUUCAAGCUCUAUCUAAUAGUACGGGCACGACUCACAAGGACAAAAUCAAGGUUCGUCAAGGCCAACCCUUGCUUCUGUUGAGCGUUAUGAAGAUGGAGAAUGCCAUCGUUGCUCCUUGGGAUGGAUACGUACAACGUGUGGGGAAGGGUAUUAAGCUCGGCGUGGUUUUAGGCGAGGGCAUGCUCGUUUGUGUGCUUGAACGAGGAUCGAAUUUGCCAACUGAUUCCGGAAGCGAUAACAAUAAUGGGAGGGCACGAUUAUGA